AUGGUGGACACUCCUGAAGGCAGCCAGAAUCGCGACCUGAAAUCCCUUGUUGAUAGAUUUUUUGAUUACGGUAACAAGGAAGCUUGGUACAACCGGUUCAAUAAGUUGGGUUUCUAUUCAGGAAACUCUAUCAAGAUUACGGAAAAGCUGGAUAGGCCUGGGAAAACAGACGUUUCGUUUAGGCUGGGUGGGAAAGAUAUUCUCGAUACCUCCAAGUCUCUUAUGGGCUCGAAAAUCACAAAGAAGUUUGGCGAAACGGGAGUAGCUGGCCAGUCGCUCUACAUAGGUUUGGCCUUCUUUAUAGCAUACAAGGAGGCCAGCAUUGAUCUAGCAAGCGGAGAUAAUGUCGUUGGCGCUGUACCUUUCAGCGGCUACCCGGAAUCGCGCAUUCAGAGCAACUGGGGGCUGUACAACGUUCAUUUCCCUUCGGGAGCAACCAUCACUCCAUCUACGGGCACUGGAGAAGGCAGUGGAGUCGGAGAUGAAGUCAGCAAGAAUAGCAACAACAAGCUUAACGCACUCUCGAAAUCUAAAGGGUGGAUCGAGGUUGGCACGACAGUAAGAGUAGGGCUUAUAGUGGGUGUGUCGUUCUCGAAGCCUUACGAAAAAGUUGUUGGCGAUCUACCAGACAUGUCUGUUUCUCAGCGAGUCUUCUCACGAUGGAAUCUUGAGCACACAGGUACACAAAGUUGUAGUACUUCUACAUUCGACAAGUUAUACGUGGACAACCUGGCCGCAGCCGGUACGAAGCAAUGUUUCAAGGACAGUGGCCAACCAAUCAAGAAGCGGAACCUGGAAAUCGCUCAGAAUCUGACCAAGCGAGAUGGGUUCGAGGACGGAAGGCCUGAUUGGGGUGAUAUUCCCAUGCCAGGCUACAAUCUCGGCGACAAUUCGUUCAAUCAAAUGUUUCCUGUACUGCUUUGUGACAAUUGUGCGAGCUGCACACUCCAGAAUCCAUUCAGGGAACCAUGUUACGGUUGCGUUUGUCUGGGCUGCAAGUAUGGACUAGGACCGAGAGGGCGAGACGAAGGACCGCUUGGUCCGUACGGCGAUAACUCAGACAUUAGCUCAAUCCUCAGAACACCUCUCUCGAAGCGCGAUCCCACUGUAGAGGGGAUGCUCAACGCCACAGAAGGAAGCCUACAUCGACUCGAAAAACGCGCCGGCCCGGUACCUAAUCAGUCUCAUAAGACGUGCAGUAUAUGUGGUCAAGCGAAGACGAUCUCAUAUCCUGCAUUCCCAAACUUAAAUCAAUAUCCGAACUCAGUAGUCGACUUUGACCUGUAUGAACCUCAGGUUAUGAAGUACCUCCAUAACUCAAGUGCAUCGUGCACGAACUGGGCAGUUCAGCGACACGAAUCAAUAGAUAUGCAGUACGAUUCUACCAUCAGAGGCGCUGAGCACCCAUACAAAGCCCAGUCUAUUUCAAUGUUCUUCGAAAACCACCCCGGAAACUAUCUGAAUCCCGGGCGACAUGAUUGUGGCAGUGUUCUACAGCUGCUAAUGCGGGAGUUAGAUACAAAGAACAGACCUAACCGUCUUUCUGUGUUCUUGGCCCGGCCAAACCGAAUGAAGGGCACCUUGGCUGGUCAUAAAACAGCUGCCAACGUUAACUUCGGCAUGAUCUUUGCGUACUGGAACAUACUCGUCAUCUGGGACUCCUUCUGCAACAGCUACAACGGCAUGAGAACUGCCUUCCUCAGCUUCGAUGUGAGCUGGAACUCUGCACAUCCCAACGAUCCAAGCGAUCUAGCGGAUAAUUUGAGAAUCGUAGCCCAGAAUGGCCGGACUCAAGCGAUGAGUUUGUACAAUAGGAGGAAACAGAUUGGGGCGUUGUAUGGCGCAUGGUGGACAGCGAAGUGGUGGGCGGUGUUUUCGAUACCACUGGGGCAAAGCCAGUAUGCCUACAUCAAGCUAGACAGGUCGUCUAGGAACUUGCAGUAG